CAUUUGAGAACGCAAUCGUAAUAUCGCGAGGUCACGGUCUCUCGCGUCAUUACACGAACAUGUUUGACAUUAGCUUUGCUGAUACUGGGUUGCCAAACGCAUGAGAGGACGCGGCGCUGCUUUCUCCCGAAGGCUUUGUUAUAUUAAUAACCUUUCAUUUCCAUAAAAGGGUACCAGGUAGUGCAGCAUGUCAGCCGUGGGGCAGAGAGAGACGGCUGCCCUCAGGCAGUGUGUUCAGGCCCGGGCCCAGCUGGAGGAGGCCAUCGCCGGAGUCAUCAAAGCUGACGUUCAGCUCAAGAGCAACUCCAGAGAGGUGAAGUCUCAGCUGCACAGCUGUAUCAGCAGACAUCUGGAGAUCCUGCGCUCUCGUGAGGUCUGGCUGCUGGAGCAGAUCGAUCUGGUGGAGCAGCUCAAAGCAGAGACUUUACAUCAGCAGCUACAGCAGCUUCAUUUGCUCAAAGGCCAGUUUGACAUCCUCAUUCAUCAGCUGGAGUAUUCCAGUAGUAACAAUCUCGCUACCCAGCUCACCAACUGCUUGGAGAAGUUAUCUUCGCUCAAUCUGACUCCUGAAGAAACCCCAGAGAUGAGUUUCCAAGCAGAUGCACGCACCUUGCGCCAGGCUAUCACAUCCUUUGGGACCAUCGCCACCCAGCAGGUGGAGACCUCGUGCUCUUUUGAGAGACCGUGGCUUCUUCAGGACUGCCCAGUUUCUUUCAAGAAACAGAAAUUAGAUCAUGAACAGGCCACACCUCUGGCUGAGUGGCUUCUAGGGAACCGUGCAGUGAGCAUCACUCCUGUAAGAGACCACUUUAGCUCAAACCCCCAGGACUGGCUGCUUGUUUCCAAGGAGUCUCAGGAAGAGCAACAACUACCUGCCUUUGACUUCCAAAAAGCCUGGGGUCAGCUUCAUGACCUAGAGUCGUGGCUGAUAAAGGAGACAUUGCCUAUUCGUGAGCGAACCAGCAGCGGCAGCUCAACCUUCUCGAUCGAGAUGAUUGAGGAAAGCGACUUAAAUCUGGACGAGGUGGAACCGGAAGACCAGCCGGAGAACGUGGACGACACCUUUGAGGAGGAAGAACUCAGCAAUUGGCUUGCCAGUCCGAGCCCAAUCAAGCAAGGGAAGACCAGCCAAGUAUCAGAUGCCGACCGCUUCAAUCUGAUCAUCAAACCCUUCUACGAGAGCUUCUCCUACAGCGAUUGGCUACCAAAGUCUGACUGCGGCUCUUGCUGUCCCACACGCACCACGGCCGUGGAAAUCGAGAACCUCGGAAAGCUCAAGUGCCUAAAGACUCCGCCUUCAUCCACUGCCAGCACUCCCAACCCCAACCCCGAUCCCAUCGAGAUGUGGCUUCACAAGACCAUUCCUCUCGAGACCACCUGCAAAGCCAACGAAACCUGUGCCAGCUACGCUCAAUGUGUCUGUGAUGAAAACUGUGGAAAAGAGGCUCUCAGUGCUUGGCUCCUCAAGAAAGAGGGUCGGGAUAAGAACGGGGUUCCCGUCAGUAAGAACGCCUCAAACAAAGCCGCCAGCCACCAACAGGAGCAGGAGCAGAAAGUUCAGGCCAUCCUAGAGGCCUGGCUACACCCGAGCAACAGUCCCAAAUCCCCGGCCCUGUCGACCCUCUCUGCCUGGGUGACCCCGCACAUCAAAUCCUCAGACUCUGAGAGCUUCGUCCAGAAGCCUUUGCAGUCGGAGAACUGGCUUCUGCCAGCGAUGAAGUCCAUUAGCUGUACCGCUGAGACACCAAACAAGCCAGAGAGCGAGAACACAAAAGACCUCGAGGAGGAUAAAUGGCUUCUACGAAAGCGGGCCAGUGCACAGGAAAGGCUUGGCCUGCCCACAGUAUGUGACCUGUUUUCCUGUAUGAAGCUCAGCGGGGACAAAGAAAAGUGGCUUCAGCACACCGCUACACAGAUAUGAAGGCAACAUCCAGUGUCUUUUUUGAGAUUUACUCUAGCACCAUUUAACCGCUGAUUAUUGCACAAUAUUGUUCUUCCUUGCUCUUUAGGGGUUCGCUCUCUCAUAUCUUCUAGAGACUGAAAGAUUGUGGUACACCAUCACUUGAGGGAGUGUUUAUGCUGGGGAAUUACUGUAUUUUUGCCUCUUUUUUAAAUUGGUUUAAUACAGUUAAAUUCCAGGGAUCUAGUUGAGACCAAUGUGUUUAUUAUAAAUCAGUAAUGUGAUUUAAAGAUCACGAGGAAAUGGACCAGAUUGGUGCCUACAAACAAAUAAAUUUUUUUUUAUUUUUCCCCCAUUAGGGCAUAGUGGGAGGGGGAGGGGGGAGGAGGUGUUGGGAAGAGCUUAAGUACAAAAUAAAUCUAUAUUAGUUUUAAUCAUUCAAUUACAGUUUUUUUUAAUUCAUGUUUUAAAUCUCAGCACAUUUAGAGGAAAGCAUGCUCUAAAAGCUGAGAAGGAUUUCCUCCAUCUCUUCUUUGAUUAUAUAUUUAUAUAGAAUUUUACUAUUUUUCUCAGUGAUUAUAUUAUACACCUCUGUUGCAUACACAACUCGUAUGCCAGCUAAACAUAGCAAAAUUUCCGUUGUUGUAAGUAACCUCAACUUGUGUGCCUGACAUCAAAUGUGUGUCCAUCUCAUUGUAGUUGGGCGUUUCUGGUGUCAUGAGCUGUGGUCUUUAAGCUCAACCUGUGGUAAAUAUUUACCAUACUAUAACUUUAGCUCUUUUUAAAUUGAGUCUGUCAUAAAUUAACCACUGAUAAGGCUUCAUCUAUGCUGUGAAACAUGUAAAGCAAGAAUUAUACUUUGCACAUACAGAGCAAAGACUGCUGGUGAAUUAAAAGCUGAUGCAAAAAUGAAAAGUUGAAUUUCGUCUCAUGUACCAAUCUAUCAUUCAGUAAUGGACCAAAGACUUGGUACAUAAACAUUAACAAUGCUAAAAUCGUUGUCAGCAUGUGCCAGUGUUUGGCCUACAGAAUUACACUUGUAUGUAGGUUCAUCUAAAAAUUGCUUGCAUAAUCUCUUAUGCUUUGAUCCCUGUCAACUAAAUAAAUAAAAAGACAAACAUUU